CUUGUUCCUCGCUCUGUUCAGGAGGGUCUUUGGAAACCCUCGUUCUUCUUGAUAAUUUCCCUUCUAUUCGUUCUUUUCUUUUCUUUUCUAUUCACUCCGUUGAUCUGAUUCUCGCCUUUCUUUUUCCGUCAAUCUGAUUCAGAAGUACUGUCCGGCGACAUCUCUGUUCCCAUAUGGUGCACCGAUCAUCUCUGUUGUUAACAUUUUGCUGGAGUUUUGCCGGAGCUACCCGAUUGAUACGAUAGAAGUUCUAUGCAUGAAUGGCGUCCGCUCUCUUAGCGAGUCGAAAUGAACCGUUUUGGGGAGAACGCAAGGUGUAUAUGAGGAAAAACCCUAACUCUAACCGUCACCUGAAGUCCAACCCUAACCCUAACUCUAACCCUAAUCCUAAUUCUAGUCCUAGCCGUAACCCUAACCCUAACAAACAGAGCCAUGACCACCAUACAAGCCAGAUUCAUGGCCGUCAGGCUGAUGAAUCGGCAGUUGUUGCUCCGGUUGUUUCCGAAGACUCGUCCUCCAUGAAUAGGAAAUCCAUGUCUAUCAGUCACAAUAAGCGGAGAGAGUCCUCAGCCGGUGGUUACGUGACUUUCAAUAUCGCGGCCUUCUCAAAAAGAGAGCUCAAGGAGCUGAAGAAACGCCUGAUCUCGGAGCUUGAACAGGUCCGGAGCCUGAACAACCGGAUCGAAUUGAAAGAAAUUCAGUCCAGAUCCGGCUACAGCGCCUCUCAAUUUUCCGGAGGCUAUGCCGGUAGGGAAGUUACAUCCGCCACGCGGCCGCCGCCUCUACAUCUGAACCAUCAUCAUAAUAACCAUUCCAUGGAUUCGCCAGGUGCCGACGGCAACAAAGAGAAACGAAUGCCCAAGGCGAACAAGUACUAUCGGCCGUCUGAAUUUGUCAUGGGGAAGGAAAAGACGCAUCCUGAUGGUAAAAUUUCAGGGUCCAAACGUCCACUCCUGGUGGCCUCUGGCAGAGAUCCAAAGCGCCCUGCAUUGGACCCUGUGGACGGAAAGCUUUUGUCUAGUAUCAUGAAACGAUGCGGACAGAUCUUGUCCAAGUUGAUGAAGCAUAAGCACGGCUGGAUUUUCAAUGUUCCCGUUGAUGUCGUCGGCAUGGGUCUUCACGACUACAACCAGAUUAUCAAGCAACCUAUGGAUCUCGGGACCGUGAAAACCAAGCUCAGCAAGAACGUCUAUGCGUCACCUCUUGAUUUUGCCUCUGAUGUGCGGUUGACCUUCAACAAUGCCUUGCUUUACAAUCCCAAGGGCCACGAUGUUUAUGCAAUGGCGGAGCAAUUGCUGGGUCAAUUCGAGGAUAUGUUUGAACCCGCGUACAAAAAAUUGCAUAAUACGCAGCGGCGAGUGUUUCCCACCGGAGAAAUGCCGGGAAGCUCAUGUGUUGGGCUUCCAACUACAGAGUUUGGUGUGAAGAAACCUGAUCCGACCUCGAUCCCCAAUGUGGCUCCUCCAUCGAACCCAUCACCAGUGCACACUCCUGCAUCAACAUCAGCAUUGGCGCCUACAAGACCAUUUUCGACGGGAAGAUCAUCUACUGUUAAGCAGCCAAAGCCCAAAGCAAAAGAUCCAAACAAACGGGAGAUGAGCUUUGAAGAGAAGCAAAAGCUGGGAAUGAAUUUGCAGAAUCUCCCACAGGAGAAAAUGGAUCAAGUGGUGCAUAUCAUAAGGAAGAGGAAUGCUAAUGUGGCGCAGCAUGGAGAUGAGAUUGAGCUGGACAUUGAGGUUCUGGACACCGAAACGCUUUGGGACCUUGAUCGAUUUGUGUGCAACUGCAGAAAGAUGAUGAGCAAGAUCAAGAGGCAAGCGUUUGCCGGCAACAACGAGAUUCCUGCAGCGGAAGGCAGCAAGUCUCCCGUCAGUGUGAUGCUUGAUGAUGCCCCCAAAUCCCUUCCAGCUGAGGCCUUGGGAGGAGCAGUUUCAGCUUCAGCCUCUUUUGCUGCAAAGAAGAUUAAAAAAGGGGAGACUGUAGAAGAGGAUGUGGAUAUUGGGGAGGAGAUGCCGGCCAAUAACUUUCCGCCGGUGGAGAUUGAAAAAGAUGCUGGUGGUUACGCCAGCAGAUCAAGCAGCUCCAGCAGUUCAAGCAGUGGUUCAUCCUCGUCAAGUGAUUCGGAUUCGGGGAGCUCAUCCGGCAGCGAUUCUGAUGCGGACGAUGCACAAUCGCCGUGCAUGGAGUCGAAAGCCUCCCCUAGGACCAAGGACGAAUGAUGGGCAACCCUAAAGAACGAGCUCAGGGGGGGAAGGACAAGGCGGCAGAAGUGACCGAAGAUGGGACUAGAGAUGGGUACAGGUACAAACCCCCCCACUCUGUAUCCAUCGAGUUUAAUUGGCACAGAUAUUGGAUCACACCAACACGCUCAUGAAGUUAUUUAAGUUUUGAUUGUUUACUUAAAUGCUUCUGGUUCUUGGUUCGGUGGUUGCAGUUUCUGGAGGUGAAAGGGGAAGAAGGUUUUUGGGUUUGAAAUACUUUGGAUUGGAGUGGUUCGCCAUGUAUAUGUGUAAAGAUCAAGACCAAAAAGAUCGACAAGUAGGGCCUAGGAGAUCGAACAAUAGUUGACAGUAGUGGGUUUUUUUUUUUUUGGACAACAGGGAGAGAAGCAGAAGAGUUGGGUAGAUAAGGAUUUUGAUACCAUUUUGUAAAUAAAACAACACCAAGAAUUUAAUCAAAUCACAUGAUUUUGGGCA